AUGGUCAGUCAGGCAGCCAUGCGAGGCCAGCGUGCGGUGGAGAGCAAGUGCAGGUGCUGGAACCCGGCCGUCUGGCUCCAGGUGUCCCUGCUGGGGUCUCUCGUCUUGGUGGCUGUCAGUGUGCUGCUGCGACUCGGAGACUUGAAAAUAAACAGACGGGCUGUAUCCACCAAUGGCGGACAAACCCCCGAGAGGACGCAGUACCAUGUACAACUGGUGAAUGGACGCAACAGGUGUGAGGGUAGAGUCGAGGUGUUCUACAAUAACUCAUGGGGCACAGUGUGUGACGACGACUGGGAUAUGGUGGACGCCAACGUGGUGUGCCGGCAGAUGGGCUGCGGAACGGCAGUGGGCAGACGCUCUCAGUUCGGACAAGGCUCAGGGCUCAUCCUGCUGGAUAAUGUGGACUGCAAUGGGAAUGAAGAAGAUCUCAGCCAGUGCCGCAGUCUGGGCUGGGGCGUCCACAACUGUUACCACUACGAGGAUGUGGGUGUUACCUGCAGAGAACCAGCGGUGGUGGGGGCAAAAGGUUUUGUGGAUCGCACCACGCCACCGCCCGGGAACUCCGGUUUACGAGACGGCACCAUCCGUCUGGUGAGUGGACAGAACGCCUGCCAGGGCCGGGUAGAGGUCUACCACCAGGGGGUCUGGGGGACAGUGUGUGAUGAUGACUGGGGCCUCAAAAAUGCCCAGGUGGUGUGCCAACAGAUAGGCUGCGGCAGUGCCGUCUAUGCACACACCAACUCCUAUUUUGGCUACGGAACCGGCCAAAUUCUCCUGGACAAUGUCAAUUGUCAAGGCACUGAGCAGGACCUGUCUAUAUGCAAAAGCCUGGGCUGGGGCAAACACAACUGUGGCCACCAUGAGGACGCUGGGGUCACCUGCAUUGGAUCCACCACUGUACCUCCUUUGGUAACAGAAAACCAGAGAGGGCUCGGGGUAACAUAUAACACUGAAGCAACAGAAAACAUUCCAGUCACCACAAGACCAACGACAACAACUGUUACCACAACUGUCCAGACAAAAGGCAGACCAGCCAUUCGUGUGAUGAACGGUAACAGUAGCUGCCAGGGUCGUGUAGAGGUCCUCUACAAAACCGUUUGGGGGACGGUGUGCGACGACGACUGGGACAUCAUCAACGCCAACGUGGCGUGCCGGCAGAUGGGCUGUGGCAAAGCUAUCACCUUCAAGGCCCACUUCGGCUACGGUUCGGGUCCGAUCCUGCUGGACAACGUGGAUUGUAGCGGCAUAGAACAGCAGCUGUCCGACUGCUUCAACCUGGGCUGGGGUCAGCACAACUGUGGCCAUCAUGAGGAUGUCGGAGUUAUCUGUGCACCUUUUGAAUUCUUGAUUGCAAAUAUACGUGACUUCCCAGUAACAGAAAGCAUACCUGCCACCACCACGCCUCCCUCUGAAGGAAUGGUGAGACUGGUGGAUGGCCAGCACCAAUGCGAGGGUCGGGUGGAGAUGUACUCAGAUUCUGGAUGGGGCACGGUGUGCGACGAUGCUUGGGACCUCCCCGACGCUCGGGUCGUGUGUCGCCAGCUGGACUGCGGCGAGGCCAUGGCGGCUCGGGGAGAGGCGUUCUUCGGGCCUGGCUCAGGGACAAUCCUGCUGGACAAUCUCAAGUGCAGCGGCGCGGAGGCCUCCCUGCAGGAGUGCUCCCAUAUAUCCUGGAGUGUGCACAACUGUGACCAUUCUGAAGAUGCUGGCGUCACCUGCUCGCUGUCGUGAUUUCAGCAGAACCACACUCCCAUCUCCACCAUGGGUCGGAGGUGGGCGUACCAACCUGGGACUUGUAUAUUAUUAUGUAAAUAACAGCUUCCACAUUGCUGAAGGAAUACU